CACACUGUCGCCAUAGAAACUGAUUCGUCUUCGUAAAUCUUUGCAGCGACUUCCUAGCGAAGGUCAUGAAAACGAGAUUUCUCGAUUGGUAUUUGAAGAUCGCAAUCGGAUCAGCUCUCGUUGGCGGAGGCAUGGAAUUCUUCAUGAUCAAGACUGGAUUCUAUGAUAAAGUCACUGUUUUGGAAGCAGAGAGACGUGCAUAUGAGGAUUCUCCUGAAGCUCAGGCAAUUAGAGAAGCUCUUAAUCCAUGGAGAAACAAGGAAACAGGUACGGGAAAAAGUUCAUAGAUUACAAAAUUUAAGCCUCUUUCGCGGCUUGAGAUGUUGUUUUGCAUAAACGGAUAUCAAUAGGUAUUAUCUUCAUCUGUGUUUUGUCUAUGGAGCUGCAUAUUCUUAUUUUCAUAACCAUGUUCGAGAAAAUCUGCUUCAGAUAUCGAUAGUUGUAUUGCAGAGCCAUCUUAUUGUUCGGUUUCAUUAGUGGCAUUCACUAGGCUGCCGGCUUUCAGAUGUCGUUGCAUAAUGCCCGGCUUUCAAAUUGUAAUGCACCUGUUCUCAUCUUCAUUGAAAUAAUAGUGAAUUAUUUUCAUUGAUUUUGUCA